GGAUGGGGAGGGGCGUUGGUAGCGUCUUUGGAAUCAUCUGCUGCUAUACAUCUCGUCCACCCCAGCUCUUGAAGUCGGCCUGUCACUGUCGCUGAGUGAUUGCAUCAUCAGAAGGAGCCAGGUGAGAUACUUUUUGCGUCCCUUUUCGACUUUUGACGUGCCCGGAAUGCUGGCGUAGCUGUGCCAAGGUGGAAGUCAAGUUUCGCGGGCUUUGAGGAUAUAAUGAAGUCCAGAGGAACCAAGAAAGGAGAUGAGCCUUUGAGCAAACGCCCCCACCUAGAGCCUUCACUGCCCACAGACCCUGCUCUCUACUCUGGACCUUUUCCUUUCUACCGGCUCCCUUCUCAACUGGGCUGCUUCUCCCUGGAUGAACAACGGCAGUACCAUGGAGAUGCUCGAGCCUUGCGCUACUAUAGCCCACCCCCCACCAGUAGUCAGGGCCCCAACUUUGACCUCAGAGAUGGAUAUCCUGAUCGAUACCAGCCCCGUGAUGAAACAGUCCAAGAGAAACUGGAUCAUCUACUACAUUGGCUCAUGGAGCACCGAGGCCAGCUGGAGGGACCUUCCAACUUCUCUCUCAGGGGUCCAGGUUGGUUGGCAGGAGCCACAGUGACAUGGCGGGGGCACCUGACAAAAUUGCUGACAACACCGUAUGAGCGACAGGAGGGCUGGCAGCUGGCAGCCUCCAGAUUCCAAGGGACACUGUACUUGAGUGAGGUGGAGACACCAGCUGCUCGGGCUCAGAGACUUUCCAGGCCACCCCACCUACGAGAGCUUAUGUACAUGGGGUAUAAGUUUGAGCAAUACAUGUGUGCAGACAAACCUGGAGGCUCCCCAGACCCUUCUGGAGAAGUUAACACCAAUGUGGCCUUCUGCUCUGUGCUACGCAGCCGACUGGGAAAUCACCCUCUGCUCUUCUCAGGAGAGGUAGACUGCACAGAUUCCAAGGCCCCAUCCCCAGAGCCCCCCACCUGCUACGUGGAGCUCAAGACCUCCAAGGAGAUGCACAGUCUUGGCCAAAAGAGAAGCUUCUACAGAUAUAAGCUCCUGAAAUGGUGGGCUCAGUCCUUCCUCCCAGGAGUCCCAAAUGUUGUUGCUGGUUUCCGUAACCCAGAGGGUUUCAUCUCUUCCCUAAAGACUUUUCCUACCAUGAAGAUGUUUGAAUAUGUCAGGAAUGACCGUGAAGGCUGGAAUCCCUCUGUAUGUAUGAACUUCUGUGCUGCCUUCCUUACCUUUGCCCACAACACUGUUGUCCAAGAUGAUCCCAGGCUUGUCUACCUCUUCUCAUGGGAACCUGGCGGCCCAGUCACAGUGUCUGAACAUCGAGAUGCACCUUAUGCCUUCCUGCCCACAUGGUAUGUAGAUGCCAUGAGCCAGGACCUCCCAUCACCCCCUAAGACCCCCUCCCCCAAGGACUGAUGCUUCAGAGGGGCUGGUCCUCUCUGUGGGCACAGAUAAAGACAUAUUUCUAAUUA